GGAUUUGUCUGGACACCUCUCACCGACGGAGGACGACGACAUGGCGGCCUCCUUGCGCCUGGGUCGUCAGGGGGUUUUAUUUGGCCUCAGAUUAUCAAACAUUAAUAAAUGUUCACGACCCACGCAUCCACGGCAGCAGCGUGUCAGACACUUCUUCCCGUCGCCAUGGUUACUCGGUGUCAGCCCAGUCCAAGUGCAAAUGCCUGCUCUCUCUCCGACCAUGGAGGAGGGAAACAUAGUCAAAUGGCUGAAGAAGGAAGGUGAGGCGGUGGCAGCAGGCGAUGCCCUUUGUGAGAUUGAGACCGACAAGGCUGUUGUUACCAUGGAAGCAAAUGACGACGGUAUCAUGGCAAAAAUAUUGAUGGACGAGGGCAGUCGCAACGUGCGCCUGGGCACUCUCAUUGCCCUCAUGGUGGAGGAAGGGCAGGACUGGAAGCAGGUUGAGAUCCCCCCUCCAGAGGCUGCAGCUCCAUCUGCAUCUCCACCUGCUACACAUGCAGCUGCUGCCCCAGUCUUGUCCCCUGCUGCUCCCUCUCCACCUCCUCCAAAACCAGCCACGUCAGGACCGUUACGUCUGAGUCCAGCUGCAAGGCAUAUCCUGGACACCCACGGUAUCGACCCCAAACUGGCCAUACCUACUGGACCAAGAGGACUUAUCACCAAGGAAGACACUUUAUCUAUCAAGAAUAAAUCACAUUCCAUGGCAGCCCCAGCUGCCCCAAGUCCUGUCCCCACCCCGGUGACUGCCCCACCGCCCCCAGGAAGCAGACCCAACAUACCUCCUCUCUCUGUACCAGGGAAACCAGGAGCACCAGGCACUUUCACAGAGAUCCCGGCCUCAAAUGUCCGCCGCGUGAUUGCUCAAAGACUAACUCAAUCGAAGACCACCAUCCCCCAUGCGUAUGCCUCGGUGGACUGUGACAUGGCUGCAGUCAUGCACCUCCGCAAAGACUUGGCCAAAGAACAAAUCAAAGUGUCGGUAAAUGAUUUCAUUAUUAAGGCAGCUGCCGUUACACUUAAAGAGAUGCCCGAAGUGAAUGUGACCUGGUCUGGUGAUGGCCCCCUUGCACUUGAUUCAAUCCACAUUUCAAUCGCCGUGGCGACUGACAAAGGCCUCAUUACCCCUAUCAUCAAAGAUGCUGCAAACAAAGGGGUCCAGGAGAUUUCAGCGAAUGCUAAGGCACUGGCCCAGAAAGCUCGAGAUGGGAAACUUCUACCCGAGGAGUACCAGGGAGGCUCAUUCAGUAUAUCUAACCUGGGCAUGUUCGGUAUCAGUGGCUUCAGCGCUGUGAUCAACCCUCCCCAGGCAUGUAUCCUUGCCGUCGGGACCUCCAGGGCUGAGCUGCGACUGUGCGAGGAUGACCAGACGCUGCGCACCCAGCAGAUGAUGACAGUUACACUGUCUAGUGACGGACGGCUGGUGGAUGACGGAUUAGCCUCUCAGUUUCUUGAUAAAUUCCGUGCCAACCUAGAACAACCACAACGCAUGGCCCUAGCCUGAAUCAAACAAAGUGAGAUAGCUGUGCGAAAAUGAUUGGAAAAAACAAAGCAAGAAACCCCUGCAUGACAAAGCUUGUCUUGUGCUUUUGCGAGAAGAGCGCUUGAUUCCUGUUCACUCUUGGAUUAAGGCUUACAAAGUAGGCUUGUACGUAGUAUACACUUCUGUUGUGGCUUGCUUCUGACAGAUAAUCACCAGGCUUUGUGAUGGAGGAGUUAAACUGGGCUUUGCUAGAGUUGUAGAGGAUUCUAGCAGUGGCGCCAAAUAUUACGAAGCUAAAAGUUGCACAGCAACUCCCGUCACACUAAUAGGGGUGGGUUGUUCUAUAAUACCAGUGUUGUAUAUAUAAAGUGGUUACUCUAGUUCUAUUUUUCAGUCCAAGUACAUCUAUUCUGCAUCCCCAUUAAUACACUUGCAAAUUGUACUGUAAUUCCAAUGUUCAUUUGUGAUAUUUAUUUACUGAUCAGUGGCAAUGUGGUUUGUAAUAACAUGAACCAGGAGCUGAAAACUUAAACAGUUGUUCAUGUUAAUAUGUUUUAACUUAUUUAAAACAAAUGUGACAUCCCUAAAAUUAAUCUUGCAAGUAAAUGUGUAUACAAAACACGCUAAAUUUAGAUUUAAAUUUUAAUUUAAGUUUUGGUUUCCUUAGAUGCCAAUAAAAUACACUGUUCAACGUA